AUGGCUGAUCUUAUUAGACUUCGUCCACUCACACUACACUAUGCCUACUUUGUUCUUACCCCUACCAUCUGCAGUAUCAUAUUCUACACGGCUCCGACGCAGAUCCAUAGUCUCCACUAUGUUGACGCUUUGUUCAUGUGUUUCAGCGCCAUGACGGGGACUGGGCUGAACGUGGUGGACCUGUCUACGUUGGGUUCUCUACAGCAGGGUAUCCUUUUUGCCCUUCUUAUUCUUGGCCAUGCUUUUCCAAUUUUCGCUUUCAUCUCCUUAUUACGUGCCAUAUCGUUCCGAAUUGCUCUGAACGAUGCCCCAGCGGAGGAAAAGGGUGACCAAACGGUGUUCCAAAUGCCGAUAUUGAAACUUGAGGAACAAAUAGGCGGUUACAAGGAGCAUUCCUUGCCUGCCAAAUUAAUAGACAAGGCAACCGUCAGGAUGGCAGUGAGAGAAGUUCAAGCAGAUAUAGAAUUAUGCAAUGGUCACGAACUUUCUGCUGCCACGGACCCGCGACAUUCUGGCGAAACCCAGCGAGGUUCUUCCCUCGGGAUGAAUAACAAAAAUAAAGACAUCGGAAAUUGGAAGGCACGCAGUCGAAGCCUAAUUUCUUGGUUCAAGGGCGUGGUGCACCGAUUAGCCAACCAUCUGUCUUGCAGAGAUUCAAUCUGCUGCAAUGCACCAGGUGGCAUAAGGUAUAUGGCACUUUGUUUCAUAACAGGGCUUAUGAUGUUCUAUUUUAUCGGCUUCCUCAUUCUUGGUAUCAUGAGCAUUGGCCUAUGGUCAAAGUUCGUCCGCCCAGAUAUUCCACGGGAGGAUAAAGCUUCCCCUUUUUGGGCAGGUGCUUUUCUUGCUACGUCUGCGUUUUGCAACAACGGGAUGUCCCUCAUCGACACCAAUAUGGGCCCUUACCAAAGAGAGCCCUUUCCCCUUCUUGUCUGCGGCUUUCUCAUCCUUGCUGGAAACACUCUUUUCCCCUGCUUACUGCGGUUGUCCAUCUGGGUGUUGAGAAAGAUGUUGCCAAACAAUCAAACUUGGCAGUUGUGGCGACGAACUUUAGAUUUUACUCUCUCUCAACCCCAUAAGGUCUGCGCUUACUUGUACCCGACCUGGCAUACAUGGUUUGUGUUGGGCACAAUCAUUUUCUUUAAUGCCCUCAUGUGGGGUGCUUUCGAGCUUUCUGCCAUUCAUAAUGAGGAGAUUGGGUCUCUUCCGAUCAACUUCCGAGUACUAGAUGGGCAUUUCCAAGCUUUAGGUAGGUCCCUCACCAUUCACUGUUGGAUAGAGCUGACACAGAAGGAAGCCGUUCGAGGUGGUGGUUUCUCUGUUGUCGCAUUCGAUCGCUUGCCACAGGCGUUGCUCAUUCUGUAUUGUUCGUGUCUCACUCUCCAAAAAUGUAAAUAUAUAUUUCUGCUUUCCCUGUCUCGGCCGCCAUUAGAGGAUGCGGAUGACUGGCCCGCAAAACAGCCUCAGCAAGACCAACCUCACCCGCGCUUCUCGGGCUUUCCUCGCGGCCGCUUCGUGUACAAACAACUUAGUUUUCAAUUCAGCCACGAUAUCUGGUGGCUCUCCCUUGCUAUUCUCCUCAUAACAAUCGUCGAAUCGGGUCACUUCACAGCUGAGCCAUUGGCCUUUUCUACCUUCAAGAUCAUUUUCGAAGCUGUGUCUGCAUACAGCUGCGUCGGUGUAACUAUUGGUUAUCCCGGCCAGAGCUACGCGUUUUGUGGUGCAUGGCAUACAGUUAGCAAGCUAUUGCUUAUGGCAGUUUCAUUGCGAGGAAGACAUCGUGGUCUGUCAGUCAUUGUGAAUGCCGAUACUCUUCAACCACGGGGUAUCAAUGGAACAGAGAAGACACAACCAGAGAAGGAUAGGUUUGUAAAUAUCGUUUGA